CGCCUGGCUAUUUUGGCCGCCCCUGGGGAGCAGGAGAGCUUCUCGGCAGCGUUAGCACUCCACCAGUGGUCGGUCGAAGCCAUACAGCAUAUCCGAACGAGCGCCGGUGCCGCGAGCCAGCAGUGCAGUCCUAUGGCCCCGGCAGCACCGAGCCGAGCGCGGCGCGCGGGCGCUGCACCAGCACCCGCGGCAUCAUCAACACGACGACGCGCUGGGCGAGCGGCGGCGCCGGCGCCCGCGGCAGCGACGACACGACGGCGCGCUCCAGCGCCAGCACCAGCGGCGACCACGACGAGGCGACGAGCACCGGCACCAGCACCACCUGCCACGCCGUCGACGCCAUUAACGCCGCCGACGCCCUCGACGGCCGGCUUCUCGGAAACCGGGGACGAUGAGCCGCCGCCGCCGCCGACACCUCCACCACCAGCACCCGCGCCGCGGCGCCGCGCGACGGCGCCGGCGGCCGUCGGCGACGCCUACGCGACGCCGUUCCUCCGCCAGCUCGCGGGCCGGACGUGGGUCGAGCGCGUGGCGACGCCCGAGCGCCCCGGCCGGUUGGAGUCCGUCGACGAGCUGUCUCCGAUCCUAUCGCGGCACACGGAAAACAAUGUGUCCGAGGACCCGCACGCCGGUUUGGAUGAAGAUCAGCUCGCGGCGGCCGUCGCGGGCCUCGCCGCGCCCUCACUCAGACCGCGGCGCGCGGCGAGCUGGUCCGCCGGCGACCUCUCGAUGACGUUCAACGAGCAGCGACGGCGCUGGGAGGGCGGGCCGCAGGUGGACCUGAGCGGGUUCGGGGCCGACGACGUCAACCCGCGGCGGACCUCGAGAAGUGCCGACGACGCGAAGGAGGACGCCAUCGCCCAGGAGGAGCUCGAGGCUACAUUACUCGAAGCGGAGAAGCGGCGCGACGGUGAGUUGCAACGGUUCUGGGGCGGCGCUCCUCCUGAGAAUGGUGAGAACGACGCCGCGGCGUGGUUGAGGAGCGGCGACGCGGCGCGGGCGCUCGGCACCCUGCCGGAGGAGUCACCUGCGCCGGCGCCGGCGCGCCGCAAAUCGCCCGCAAAAGGUGCUGCCGCUCGUCGGGCGCCGGCGCCGGCGCCCGCACGUCGGAAGCCUGCCGCCGCGCCCGCGCCCGCAAGGGCAAAAGCGCCUGCGAAGGCGCGAUCCCGGGGGUCCAAGAAACCGGGCACGUAAUAAUGCGGUC